CUUUUUCUUUCUUCCAUCAUUGACAGGAGGACGUGAUGGGCCGCAACAGGCGAACAACAAUAUAACAAAAGAAAAAAACGGGCUGAGGGCAACUUGGCUUGGACACUACACGAAUCGCUACGUUGCUUUUGAUCCAACGAUAAUGCAUGUGAAUGAGACCAUAAGUAAAACUCAGCUAGCUGAGUUUUAGCAAACCCGUAUAUUAUAUCCACGAGCUCACUGACGUCGGGCAAACGAAAUCAAAGUCACCAGCAGGCAGCCCUGAUUGAACGGCACCGGCACUGACAUCCAAAUUCAUCCGAUCAUGAAAAUACUCCACGUGAAGCGCGCCACCACAUACUAAUUAAUAAUAUCACCAGCGCGCCAAAAAACUAAUACUAUAUCACCGGCGGUGUCAGUCCGUCGAUCUUCGAACCAACCAACCAACCAUCGAUCGCCAGUCCAAGAAACAGCGGCGACAAUGGAUCACAGGGCGAAGCGGGUGGCGAUCGUUGGCGCCGGCACGAGCGGGCUGGCGGCGUGCAAGCACCUGCUGGCGCGCGGGUUCCGGCCGGUGGUUUUCGAGGCCGGCGAGUCCGUGGGCGGGCAGUGGACGCGCACGCUCGCCUCCACCAGGCUCCAGUCGCCCGCCGCCGUGUACCGCUACUCCGACUUCCCGUGGCCCGACUCCGCCGGCGCGUUCCCGCUCCACGACCAGGUCGCCGACUACCUCGCCUCCUACGCGCGCCGCUUCGGCGUGGACGCGUGCGUCAGGUUCCGGAGCCGGGUCGUCGCCGCCGAAUACGUCGGCGCGGAGCCGGAGGGCGCGGCGGACCGGUGGCAGAGGUGGAACGGCAACGGCGAGGCCUUCGGCGACGGCACGGGCGCGUGGCGCCUCACCGUGCGCCACGGCGGCAUCGGCGAGCAGGAGGCGGAGACGCACGAGUUUGACUUCCUCAUACUCUGCAUCGGCAGGUUCAGUGGCGUGCCCAACAUCCCGGCGGCCUUCCCGGGCCCGGAGGCGUUCCGCGGGCGGGUGCUCCACUCCAUGGAGCUCUCCGACAUGGCCGACGCGGACGCCGCCGCGCUGGUCAAGGGGAAGCGCGUCGCCGUCGUGGGUGCCGGCAAGUCGGCCUUCGAGAUCGCCGCCGAGUGCGCCGAGGCCAACGGCGCGGGGACGCCGUGCACGAUGGUGUGCCGGAACCCGCAGUGGCUGCUGCACCGCGCGGACGUGUGGGGCGGGGUCAGCAUCGGGUACCUCUACAUGAACCGCUUCGCCGAGCUGAUGGUACCCCGUCCCGGCGCCGGCGCCGCCUCCCGCAUCCUCGCCGCGCUGCUGUCGCCGCUCUCGUGGUUGAUAUCGGCGGCGACGGGGGCGUACUACCGGAAGGCGAUCCCGAUGCGGGAGCACGGCAUGGAGCCCGGGCACGGGUUCGCGAGGUCCGUGUCGUCGUGCAUCCUCUCCAUGCUCCCCGACGGGUUCUACGACAAGGUGAGGGAAGGCAGCGUCGUCUUCGCGAGGUCCAGGUCCUUCGGCUUCUGCCACGACGGCCUAGUGCUCGACGGCGCCGGUGCCGGCGAUAAGCGCGUCGUGCCGGCCGACGUGGUGGUCCUCGCCACCGGGUUCCGCGGCGACGAGAAGCUGAAAGACAUGUUCGCGUCGCCGCGGGUGAAGGGCAUCAUCGCCGGUACCGGAUCGCCGGACGCGGCCGUGCCGCUGUACCGGGAGUGCGUGCACCCGCGGAUCCCGCAGAUGGCGGUGGUGGGGCACGCGGAGGGGCUGAACAACAUCUACUCGAGCGAGAUGACGGCCAAGUGGGUGGCGCGGCUGCUGGACGGCGCGUUCCGGCUGCCGGUCGUGCGGCGGAUGGAGGAGAGCUGCGCGGAGUGGGGCAGGUACUACCUGCGGAGGAGCGGCGGCGGCGGGGAGGGGCAGCGUCCGUGGAGGCCGUGCCUCGGCGCCGUCAACGUGUGGUACAACGACGAGCUGUGCCGCGACAUGGGGUGCGACCCGAGGAGGAAGAGGGCCAAGGGGCAGGGGAUCCUCGCCGAGUGGUUCCAGCCCUACGGCGCCGUCGACUACGCCGACAUCCACUGACUACGCUUCCUUGGAAUGGUGGUAUACGAAAGACAAGCGGGCCGAAAGGAUGGGCUUCAGAUUUCCUUCAAAUAAUAGUUCCAUUUUUCUUAUUUAAAAGGCGUAUGUGUAUGCCUAGAUCGACAAUUCAACGAAUAUAAUUCGAAUUGUUUGUCCCGGAAGUUGUACAAUUGAAAAAAUAUGAACCAUGUACAUGAGGCGUGCACGACAACUACAAACAUUAUUUUAGAAUCAACUUGUAGUUCGAUGGUUAAGAGGAUAGUUGUAGCCUUUAUCCAUCAGAUUUUAAGUCUUAAAACUGAUAUUGGUGUCCAGUACAAGGAGACACUUUCAUCGA